AUGUCCGGCAUUCACCUUCCAGCCCUCGGAAGGUCCACCAGAUUAUCAAGGACGGCAUUCCGACCUAACCAGUCUGUCCUCUACGCCAUGGCUACUCGAUCUUUCGCGUCCACGCCUGCGGGCAUCGAGAGGAUCAAGGUCAAGAACCCGGUCGUCGAGAUUGACGGUGAUGAAAUGACCAGGAUCAUUUGGAAGAAGAUCCGGGAAGAACUCAUUCUCCCCUACGUCGAUGUCAAGCUCCAUUACUUCGAUCUCGGAAUGGAGAGCCGAGACGCUACCAACGAUCAAAUUACUAUCGACUCUGCUGAAGCGAUCAAAAAGUACUCUGUCGGUGUCAAGUGUGCCACCAUCACCCCCGAUGAGGCUCGAGUCAAGGAGUUCAAGCUGAAGGAGAUGUGGCGAAGCCCCAACGGAACUAUCCGAAACAUCCUCGGAGGAACUGUCUUCCGUGAACCCAUCAUCCUCGACAAAAUCCCCAAGCCCGUUCCCGGAUGGACCAAGCCUAUCGUCAUUGGCCGACACGCCUUCGGUGACCAGUAUCGCUCUACAGACUUCUUGGCUCCCGGCCCCGGCAAGCUUACCCUCACCUACACCCCUGCCGACGGCGGAGCCCCUACCGAAAUGAACGUAUAUGAAUUCAAGGGGAAGGGCGUGGCCAUGGCCAUGUACAACACCGAGGAGAGUAUCUUUGGUUUUGCCCACGCGAGUUUCAAGAUGGCACUGAGCAAGAAGAUGCCCUUGUUCAUGUCUACUAAGAACACUAUCUUGAAGAAGUAUGAUGGCCGUUUCAAGGACAUCUUCCAGGAGGUCUACGAGUCCACAUACGCGGGCGAGUUUGAAAAGCUCGGUAUUUACUACGAGCACCGAUUGAUCGACGACAUGGUCGCUCAGGCUGUCAAGUCUUCAGGAGGUUUCGUCUGGGCGUGCAAGAACUACGACGGUGAUGUCAUGAGCGAUAUUCUCGCCCAAGGUUUCGGGUCCCUCGGUAUGAUGACUUCCGAGCUCAUCACCCCCGACGGCAAGACCAUGGAGGCUGAGGCCGCCCAUGGCACCGUCACCCGUCACUAUAGGCAAUACCAAGCUGGUCAAGAGACCUCUACCAACCCGGUUGCUUCCAUCUUUGCCUGGACUCGUGGUUUGGCUUUCCGUGCCAAGUUGGACGAAACCCCCGAGCUGGCUGUUUUUGCCAAGGCUCUGGAAGAGGCCUGUGUCGAGGUCAUCGACAAGGACAGUAUCAUGACCAAGGAUUUGGCUUUGGCGAUGAAGGGCAAGGACAUGACCAGGGACGACUGGGUGACGACCGAUGUCUACAUGGCGAAGGUGAACGAAAAGCUGAUCGCGAAGCUCAAGGCGAGCAAGGCCUAA